AUGCUUGUUCUUCAAAGCUUUUUGCCUUUAUUCCUUUUAUUUUCAAGCACAAAUGCUUUUUAUGGCCAUGGCACUCUGAAGUGCCAGUUCACAUCUAGCCAUGAUCUGGUGUAUCUGGAGCAGGUCUACUUCAACAAGCGUUUGAUGGUUCAAUACAACAGCACACUGGGAAAGUAUGAGGGCUAUACAAAGAAGGCGAAGGACCUCGCAGAUGGUUUCAUCGAGCCUUCUGUCAGAGUAACGCCAGUUGUAAGGCAAGGAAGUAGCCACCAAGCGAUGCUAGCCUGCAGUGCAUAUAACUUCUAUCCAAAGCAAAUCAGGCUGACAUGGCUAAGAAAUGGAGAGAAAGUGAUAAACUAUGUGACAUCCACUGAGGAGCUUCCUGAUGGAAACUGGCUCUAUCAAAUCCACUCAUAUUUGGAGUAUACACCCUCACCCAGAGAGGAAAUUACCUGCAUGGUGGAACAUGCCAGCCCUAAGGAGCCUAAACUUUACAACUGGGAGCCGAUGUUUGGAGCAGUGAGGAACAAGAUCGCUGUUGGAACAGCCCUGCUGUUUGGUUCCUUUGUUUUUGUUGCUGGACUAUUUUUUUACAAGAGGACUACUGCCUGA